GGGUCACAAGGACGGACCCUUCAAGACCAAAUUACCACUCACGCACGGAAACCACCUCGACUUGCUGUACACAAGAUCUAUACAGGCACCUAUCGUUUCUCGACUGCCAACCCUGGCAUAUACGGAAAAAGCAUUCCAUCUACCUGCCAAAGGAUAAUUAGGUGCUCAAGACGUCAGCAAGCAGUCGAGAUGGCGGCCAAAGCAGGAGCUUCCGGAAUCCACACAUCGAUUAGGUUCCUAAAAAAUGACGAUCUGUAUGAUGCCAUCAAAACAUACAAUCUUGAGUUUCGGAGCGAUGAAAUUCCCAUUUCUAAUGCCGUGCCGGAAAAGAUUGAUAAUUUGCUCGUCAAGAACAUCAGGGGCCAUGAACAAGACUUCACCUUUGACCUGAAUGGAUUUGCGGUGCUAGAUAUGCAAACCAGUUUGGCAUACGACGAGUUCAGGGAUAGCAGCAAGAUUGAACAUGUCUACUGCCAAGAGGUAGCUGCAUGCCUGCUCAAGUAUACCGAAGCGGCGGCAGUUCAGGUUUUUGAUGUCCAGAUCCGACGUCGACAUCCGGACUUCCCCUUCCUAGAAGUUAACUUCGAGGUCAACAACCAGCCUGCACUGCAAGCUCAUAUCGAUGCUUCACCCGAGGCAGUGCGCUUGCUCAUAAGAUCGCUAAACGACCCGGAGAAGGCUAGCCGCCUUGCUGAAGGGAACUUCAUGUACCUCAACGUCUGGAAACCUCUCAAAGGCCCAGUCCGAGAGUGGCCUCUCGCGUUGUGCGAUGCUUCAUCAGUUGACUCAUCGGAUCUCCGCGAGCACGAUACGGUCUUCGAUCCAUCUACCGCGAGAGAGAAUUUGAUGGUCCAUUUCAAUGCAAAUCAGCGAUGGUACUAUCUGAGCGAACAGCUUCCCUCGGAGCUGUGGGUGUUUCGGCAAUGCGAUUCUUCAGGAAAGCCAGGCGUGCCGCAUGCAUCGUUCCAACUACCUACACAAGCCAAUGAUCCCGACGGCCCUCGAGAAAGUAUCGAGGUUCGAGCGCUCUUGUACUUCGACUGAAGUCAAAACAAGAUCCCCCCUCCCCAAAUCGACCUCUCCAUGUGAUACAACCUGCAUGGAUCUGCUGCCUCACCCGCACGAAGCUAACAACCCAGACAGUCAUUUGAAGGGUGUCCGUGCGGUAGAUGGCGAUUUGGCGAUGGCAGGAUCACUUUUCCUUUUAAGAGACGCGAAUGUCAGGACGUUUGGGUAGGGCAUGAGAGUGUAGGGGUAUGCCGAUACUGGAUGAGGCGACGGCCAACCUAGCUAAGGUAGG